AUGGCGGAAAAAAUGAAACGGAUAUCGCAACCUCCAAAACGGCUUUUAAACGAAUAUUUGGCGGUUGAAGACAAGAAGAAAAAGAGGCAUAAAUCAGCUAAGGAUAAUAAACUUUAUGAAAUCGAAAUAGUCGCGAUCGAUAAACAGAAGAAAAAAGUUAAAAUUCACUAUAAAGGUUACAGUGAAGAAGCUGAUGAAUGGCGUGACUGUCAGGACGAGAACAUGUUUCUAUUCGAACGGCUGGAGAAAACGUAUAUUCCUGGAGAAAUAUCUCUUGAGGACAGGACGAACGUCUUCCAUGGACAUGUCUAUCAAGAAUAA